CCUACGGAGGUUCCAAACUUGGACUUAACAAUGGGAAACUGGCUGGCUAGCCACUGGCUCUCAGUUUUGUUUCUGGUGUCUUGGUUGGGGCUGAACAUGUUUCUGUUUGUGUAUGCCUUCCUGAAUUAUGAGCAGUCUGACAAGUACUAUUACACAAGACAAAUUCUUGGCACCGCCUUGGCCUUUGCCCGAGCCUCUGCUUUCUGCUUGAAUUUUAACAGCAUGAUGAUCCUGAUUCCUGUGUGUCGCAAUCUGCUGUCCUUCCUGAGGGGCACCUGCUCAUUUUGCAACCGCUCACUGAGAAAGCCAUUGGAUCACAACCUCCUCUUCCAUAAGCUGGUGGCAUAUAUGAUCUGCAUAUUCACAGCUAUUCAUGUCAUUGCACACCUAUUUAACUUUGAACGCUACAGUAGAAGCCAGCAGGCCAUGGAUGGAUCGCUUGCCUUUGUUCUCUCCAACCUCUCUCGUCAUGAGAAAGAAAAGGAUUCUUGGCUAAAUCCCAUCCACUCUCCAAACACGACAGUAAUGCAUGCAACGUUUACCAGUGUUGCUGGCCUUACUGGAGUGAUUGCCACAACAGCCUUGGUUCUCAUGGUAACAUCAGCUAUGGAGUUUAUCCGCAGGAAUUAUUUUGAGCUCUUCUGGUAUACGCAUCACCUUUUUAUCGUCUAUAUCAUCUGCUUAGGGAUCCACGGCCUGGGUGGAAUUGUCCGACGUCAAACGGAGGAAAGCAUGGAUGAAAGUCAUCCCCACAAUUGUUCAAAGUCUUUUCUUGAGUGGGAUAAGUAUGAAUGGAGUUGCAGACGUCCUCACUUUGUGGGGCACCCCCCUGAGUCUUGGAAGUGGAUCCUGGCACCAAUCGCUGUAUAUAUCUUUGAAAGGACCCUUCGCUUUUACCGCUCCCGGCAGAAGGUUGUGAUUACUAAGGCUGUCAUGCACCCAUCUAAAGUGUUGGAACUGCAGAUGUGCAAGCGUGGCUUUAGCAUGGAAGUGGGACAGUAUAUAUUUGUAAAUUGCCCCUCCAUUUCCUUCCUGGAGUGGCAUCCCUUUACUCUGACCUCUGCUCCAGAGGAAGAAUUUUUCUCCAUUCAUAUCCGAGCAGCAGGGGAUUGGACAGAAAAUCUCAUAAGGACAUUUGAACAAAGGCCCUCACCAAUGCCCAGGAUUGCAGUGGAUGGCCCCUUUGGCACAGUCAGUGAGGAUGUUUUCCAGUAUGAAGUGGCUGUACUGAUUGGGGCAGGGAUUGGGGUCACUCCUUUUGCUUCCAUCUUGAAAUCUAUCUGGUACAAAUUCCAGCGUGCAGACCACAAACUCAAAACACAAAAGAUCUAUUUCUACUGGAUCUGCAGAGAGACAGGUGCUUUUGCCUGGUUCAACAACUUACUGAAUUCCCUGGAACAAGAGAUGGAGGAAUUAGGCAAAAUGGAUUUCCUAAACUACCGUCUCUUUCUCACUGACUGGGAUAGCGACAUUGCUGGUCAUGCAGCAUUAAACUUUGACAAAGCCACGGACGUCCUGACAGGUCUGAAACAGAAAACCUCCUUUGGGAGACCAAUGUGGGACAAUGAGUUUUCCAGAAUAGCGGCUGCUCACCCCAAGUCUGUAGUGGGGGUUUUCUUAUGCGGCCCUCGGACUUUGGCAAAGAGCCUGCGCAAAUGCUGUCAGCGAUACUCAAGUCUUGAUCCUAGGAAGGUUCAAUUCUACUUCAACAAAGAAACUUUCUGA